CACCUUGAAGAGGAGUCGCAUGAAAUGUGUGGAAUAUCAAUGACGACUGUUUUUAGCUUUAAGACCUGAAGAGUCAGUAUGAAUUCUGUUCCCAGCACAGUGAUGUCACAGACACACAGCUCAGGCAGAGUUAGCGACACUUUGAGGAGCAGCUGAAGAUCCGGGUGAGCUGAAGAGAGUGAUGCUGGGCUGACCCGAGUUAAAAGGGAUCCAGUGCAAAACAGUGAAAAGAGAGCAGGCAGGUGCCAUACUGAAAUCCUUCCCAGGAGUCAGAGCGUGAAACAGGUGCUGUGACCAGAGAGCUGUAGCACAAGAAAAACAAGUCAGCGAGAUCUGCAGCUGAAUGACAGUGACAGCAUGGCAGCAGCAUUUGGACCACAAGACACUUUUUCCAGACGUCGCAGGAACAGCAUCGAAUUUCUGCCACCCCGCAUGUCUGAACUCAGAGCUGUCCUGCUGGGGAACAGCUGGUCUGAGAGGAGCUCAGUGGGAAACUUUAUACUGAGAGAGGACAAGUUCAACCCUGUGGAAGAACUGGACCGAUGUGUGAGAGUCAGUGGUCAGAUUCAAGGGAAAGAAAUAGUUCUCAUCAACACUCCAGAUCUGCUUCAUCCAAACAUCUCAGAGGACAAAAUAAAGGAACAUGUAGAAACCUGUGUGAGCCUCUCUGAUCCUGGACCUCAUGUGUUCCUGUUGAUUCUACAGCCUGAAGACUUCACUGAGCAUCAAAAAACGAGACUCUGCAGAGUCCUGAACUUCUUCAGUGAUCAUUCCUUUGGUCAUUCACUGGUUCUGAUAUCACCACCCAGAGAGAGGCGUCCAGGUUUACGGCAUAGUGUCGUGUAUCAUACACCUAUACAGGAAAUGAUCAGACGAUGUAAAAACAAGUCACUGCAGCUUGAAAACCUCAACAUUUGGGAGUUACUGGGAAACAUAAAAUGCAUUGUAGAAAUGAACAAUGGAAAACAUGUGAUCUGUCAGCACACCAGCGCUGAACAAAGAAAAGCUCCUGUUACUCUGAAUUAUCCUCAGCCUGUUGGACGUAGACUCUGCAUUUUGCUGUGUGGAGGGAACUCAGCAAAGAAGACAGGACUCUGCAACUUUAUUGUGAAGAAAAAUUACGAUUUUUCAGGAUUUUCUCCAGACAGACAAGUUUUCCAUGGAGAGUGGAGAGGAAAACCUUUAACAGUAGUGAAAACUCCUGACUUCUUAAAUCCGUCUCUGACAACAGUGAGAGAAAAGAUGAAGAGCUGUGUGAGUCUCUGUCCUCCUGGACCAAAUGUUCUGCUGCUGAUGGUGAAACCUUCUGAUUUCACUGUGCAGAGCAGAAAAACUCUCAGUUUGACCCUUAGUGUGUUUAAUGGAGAUGCCUUUAAACACUCAAUGGUCAUCAUCACAGAUGACGAGGAGAUCAAUGUUUCUGUUAAUUCUCUACUUAGAAAUUGUGAUGGUAGACACUACAACAUGUUCGAAAAUGAUCAUCGACAGUUAAUGGAGAAGAUUGAAGACAUUGUAAAUGAGAACAAAGGAAAUUUCCUCACAGUCACCAAAGAGACCAUCAGACCAAAGUCUGAACACAUCAAACCACCUGAAGAUAUCAGAAGAUCACAGUCUGAACUCAUCAAACCAUCUUUAAACCUGGUUCUGUGUGGGAGGAGAGGAGCAGGGAAGACGUCAGCAACCAAGGCCAUUUUAGGUCAGACAGAGCUUCAUUCAGUCUCCAACUCAUCAGAGUGUGUUAAACAUCAGGGAGAGGUGUGUGGACGUUGGGUUUCCCUGGUGGAGCUGCCUGCCUUGUAUGGAAAACCUCAGGAGGCAGUGAUGGAGGAAUCACUCAGGUGUAUCUCCCUCUGUGAUCCUGAGGGUGUCCAUGCCUUCAUCCUGGUCCUACCUGUGGCUCACCUCACUGAUGAAGACAAGGGAGAGUUAGAGACCAUCCAGAACACAUUCAGCUCUCGAGUCAAUGACUUCACCAUGAUUCUGUUCACUGUGGACUCAGAUCCUACAGAUCCAGCUGUUGGUAACUUUGUAAGACAAGACAAAGACAUUCAGAAGCUCUGUCAGACUCAAAGAGAACGAUAUGUUGUUCUCAACAUCAAAGAAAAGCGAAUGAUCGCAAAGCUUCUGCAUGAAGUGGAUAAGAUGAAAGCUAAAGGAUCCAAGUGCUUCACAAAGGACAUGUUCACCAAAGCUCAAAUGGAAAAGGUAACAAGACUUAAAGCUGAACUGCAGGAAGUUAAACGCAGCAGCGUGGCUUCAUCUGAUGAUGCAAAUCAAACUGAUCAGUCCAUCAGGAUGGUGCUGCUUGGAAAAACUGGCAAUGGGAAAAGUGCAACUGCAAACACCAUUUUGGGCAAAAAGGUGUUUUUAUCCAAAGCCAGUCAGUUUUCUGUGACCAGAGAAUGUCAGAAAGCAGCAGGAGAGAUUGAUGGAUGUCCUGUUGUUGUGGUCGACACCCCCGGCUUGUUUGACACGACUCUGUCCAGUUAUGAAGUUCGACAGGAGCUUCUGAACUGUAUCAGCAUGCUGUCUCCUGGACCUCACGUGUUCUUACUGGUGCUGCAGAUCGGUCGAUUUACAGAUGAGGAAAAAGAAGCUGUGAAAAACAUCAAAGAGAUUUUUGGAAAGAAGUCAGGAAACUUCAUCAUUGUGACCUUCACCAGAGGAGAUGAGCUUGAAGACACAUCCAUUGAAAGUUACACAGAAGAUGAAUGUUCUGAUUUUGUAAAAGCUCUGAUUAAAGACUGUGGAGGCAGAUGCCACGUCUUCAACAACAAAGAUCCAAAAAACCGUAGACAAGUGACAGACCUGCUGAAGAAAAUUGAAGCCAUGUUGAACGACAAUUAUGGCAGAUACUACACCACUGAGAUGUUCCAAGAGGCCGAGGCAGCGAUACAGAAGAAAGUGGAGAGGCUGCUGAAACAGAAGGAUGAAGACAUGAUGAGAGAGAGGGAGGAGCUUAAAAGGAAACAUGAAGAAGAAAUGCAAAAAAUAAAAAGAGAAAUGGAAGAACAGAUCUCUAAAUUUGAGUCUGAGAAAGAGGAGAACAUGAAACAACUCAAGCAGAUGGAGGAACGCAUUAACCAGGAGCGAGAAGAGAGAGAGAGAGAACAGAAAAUCAGAGAAGAUGAGGAGAGAAAGAAGAAAGAACAGGAAGAAACUCAACGACAACAAUGGAAACUAAAACUGGAAACUUUGGAGAAGCAAAUAGAAUCUGAAUCAAAGGAAGAGCUCAUCAGAGAGCUGGAGCAAAACAGAGAAGAAAUGAGAAGAGAGAGAGAGGCCUGGGAGACGGAAAGGAAAGAAUGGUGGGACAAUAGGUAUCAAGAAAGUAUACAGAGACGAGAAGCAGAAGAUAAGAAAAUUAAAAAGCUGACAGAAAAAUAUGAAAAGGAAAAAGAAGAUUAUCACAAAAGAAUAAAAGAUGACUGUGUCAGGAUAGAACAGGAGGAAAGAAAAAGAAAAGAAUUAGAGAAAGACCACAAGGAAAAAAUGAAACAAAUGAAGCAGAAAUACGAAGACGAGGCCAGAAAUCAAGCUGAAGAGCUCAAUGACUUCAAAGAGAAAUACACCAGUGACUUUGAAUCUCUGAUAGAGAAAUAUAAUGAGGAGAUAAGGGAUCUGAAGGAAACAUAUAAGAUGUUGAUGCAAAAGCAUGAGAAACACAAACAUGAGUAUUCUCAUUUGCACAAGGUCUCCAGUGACAAAGAAGAAAGACUGAAGAAAGAAUUGGAGGAAAUGCAGAAAAAGCAUGAAGAAGAAAUGAACCAAUAUAAACAAAAACAUAAAUGCAUCAUAGCCUGAUGACUUUAAAUAGUGCAGCAGUAAAAAAGACUAGAAGAACACAUGAGUGUCAUACCAGUGAACAUAAAAUAAAACACAUGGAACAUCACAAAGGACCUACAGUUGCCUCAGACCAGUGAGCGAGUGAUAGAGAGAGCACCACUUUUGUUUGUUUUUUUCAAUUAACAAAGGAGCAAAAUGCAAAAUUGCUGCAAUGAAGAAGACUGCUGAAACCUGUCAUUUUUAAUUUGUAGACUCUGGAAAGGCAGCAGUGUCAGCAAGACACUAACAUUAGUGUUUAUUAUUAGAGCCAUAUUUUUACACUAUGAGUGUUUUUACUAUUGUGCCCAGCAGGCGGUGCUCUCAUAAAAGGACAUUAAUCUUCUCCGUUUGAAAGUAAAAGUAAUUCAAAGUAAUUCACCAAAUUAUUGUCUGUUAAUGAUUUCCACUGCAAACCUGGAAAUACUGAACAGUUUACAGAUGAUGUAUUUGAAAUAUUAAUUGUAUGAUUUAUAUUAUAUGAGCCACAAAUAUUUUAUGGCAGGAUUAAAAACAUAAUUGUAAUAAUAAUUUCUGAUCUGUUCUUUGCAAGUCAUAUUCAUUUAAAUAGAAGGAAAAAUAGCUGUGAAAAAUUUACUUUGUAAAGAAUAAGAUAACAUAAAUUUAGAUAUAAAACUGGUAAAUAUCAAAAUACAUGCACAUAAUAAUUACUGAUAUUGAGGGUUUAAAAAAAUGAUAUGAUGUUAUUACAUUAUUUUCUAAUGUGUCUUUGUAUGCAUUUAUUUGAGCGCUGUGUUUAUAUAGAGUUUGAUACAAUUAUUUAAGUGGGUAGGAAAUGUUUUAUUGACUUUUAUUGACUUAUGAACAGUUUUUACUCUGAUUUUAUUGUUGGAUACUAUACACGUGCAGUGCCAAAGUUCCCAUAUGGAAAUUCAGAGUGAAUAUAAAA